UCACCUUGAAAAUGAGUGAUCUGAUUGGACGAGAGUUGUCAUGAGUGCUGAUACAGAGAACAGAGACUUUAACUCCAUGAAUCACUGCAGCUGUUCUAAUAUUGUUGUUAACGUUAUGUUAAUGUUACGUUAACGUUACAUUAACGUUAGAUGUUACAUGUGUGCAGACCCCGUGGUCGUCCCCGUGGAGUCGGAGGAGGACAGAGGAGAACAUUCAGACGCUGAGAAGGAGGAAGACGUCGGGAUCACCUUCGUCGCUCGAAAGGCCGAGACGCCGAAACAACGGCCAAAGUCAGUCCCAGCAGGCUGUCCCAGUCCAUCAGCUGACCCCCCGUCCCCCCCCAGUGAAGACAGCCACCUCCCGUGGAAAGGCGGCGUUGGCUCUCCUCCGCCCUGCGUGUCGGUGGAGGCCACAAAGAUCAUCCCCGUGGACCUCCAGCAGGCCUGGAACCAGAGCAUCUCCUCCCUGGAGAGCAUUUCCUCGCCUCCCGCCCCCGCCGAGCCGGUCCACCCCCGCGUGAGCGCCCUCUCCAGGCUGGGAGGACCCCGCCCGGCCUCCUACACCCCGCCAGGCAGCAUGGCGAGCAGCACCUCCUCUAUCGGCGCUCAGGCAUCGCAGUGCUCCUUCCAUUACCCCGAGAAGAAGAAAGAGGAAGAGGAGGAAGAGGAGGAGGGCGUGGGGGUGUUGCAGGAGAUGCAGCCACUCAUGUCGUCUCUGAAGCCCCCAGGUGCCGUGCCGCCGCCCCCGCCACCACUCAGCUCCGCCCCCGGCUCCGGGAGGAGGAGGAACCCCUGCGUGUACCUGAGGAAUCUGGUGACUGUGCCGCCGCCGGGCAAUUCUGAGUCACACAGCCGAGGCCCCACCCAGCUCUAACCACGCCCCCGAAAGGGCGGAGCAGGAACUUCAC